AGCAGAUCCUUGAACGUUACUCUUCUUGGUGAUGAGUGGGGUUCAUCUGCUGGUGGGUUGUCAACCAUAAACAGAGAGCUUGCUAUUCACCUUUCACAACAGCCAGGAGUAAAUGUAUCUCUAUUGUGUCCAGAAAAAGCUUGCAGCACUGAAGAAAUAAGAGAAGCAGAUGGCUAUGGAAUCACCAUUGUUCAGGCGAAAGAACGAGCGGCAUAUGAUCGUCUUGAUUGGUUGAGCAUCCCACCCCCGGACCACUUCAUGGAUAUCGUUGUUGGCCAUGGUGUUAAACUGGGUCGGCAAGUACAGUUCAUCAGAGAAUCUGCUCGAUUUCCAAAUUGCAAGUGGGUACAAGUGGUGCACACUGCUCCAGAGGACCUUAGCAGAUACAAAUGCUACACUGAUCCCAUUUCAAAAGGUGAAACAAAACACGAAUCAGAAGUUGAACUUUGCAAACUUGCUGAUCUUGUUGUACCCGUGGGGCCCAGACUGAAAGAAGCAUACAUUUCAUAUUUACAGCGAUGUAAGACAGAUCAAGACGUUUUGUCCAUUACUCCAGGUCUUUUUCAAAGGGAGUUUGGGGAUUUAGUAGCAAAACAAGAUCCUAAUGAGGAUGGCGAAUUCAAAGUGUUGUUAUUUGGUCGUGGGGAUGAUGAGGACUUUGAACUCAAAGGAUACAACAUUGCUGCCAAGGCAUUUACUGAUCGACGGCUAAAAAACAAACCUUAUCAUCUAAUCUUUGUGGGAGCACCUGGAGGAAAACAAGAAGAAGUCAGAGGAAAACUUCUUCAACGUGGUACUGCCGAAGCGCAGUUAACUGUUAGAAAAUUUAUACAAAGCAGAGAGAAACUGAAAGAUUUGCUGUGUGAAGCUGACCUUGCCAUUAUGCAAUCAAAAUCAGAGGGAUUUGGUCUUGUCGCACUCGAGGCCUUGUCUGCAGGCCUACCGAUUCUUGUUACUGGUAAGUCGGGAAUUGCCAAAGCAUUAGAGAAUGUUCCUCAUGGUCAUACAUGCAUCGUUUAUUCAGAUGAUCCUGCAAAAUGGGCAAAAACAAUUGAAGGUGUUCGUGUUAGGCAUCGAAUGCGACUCGAAGAGGUUAAAACAUUAAAAUCAAGUUACGGAAAAAUGUACAGUUGGAAGGAACAAUGCAAAGCCCUUGUGGAGAGAAUGUGGAAAAUGGUCUAUGGUAAGAGUUGUUGCUUUGAAACUCACGCAUAAAACAAUGAAUAUGAUUUAUACUAUUUUGUACAUGUUAGUUUGACUUUUGCCUGUGUGUUCCGAACAUUAUUGCGAUUGGCCACUUAGGCACAAUAAAUUUCAGAUGUUCAUUGUUUUCUUGUCUCAACACUUAUUAAUAAACCUAGUGUUUUUGUAUUUUGGUAAUUUGGUAUUUUCGUAGUGUUGAUGUAACUUAGUAUUUCAUAGGGCCAUAAACUGUAAGUUUAAAAAGUUAUGUAUGUUACGGGUCAAAUUAGUUCCCAGGUUAAAUAUUUUUAACCUAGUUUGAUUCUUGAUUUCCUUUGUCUACUAGAGCUAGAGGACAAAGGAAACUGAGAAUCAACGUAGGUUAGAUCAAAAUUAACCUGGGAUCAAAUUUGACCUGUAACAUGUACGUGAAUGUUCUAUCAUGAAAAGUGUGGCUGAAGUGUAAUCCAAAUUAGGCAGUCCAAAGGACAGGGCAAUGAUAUGCAAUCCAAAAGCACCUGCUAUUCCAGAACAUCUAGUGAAUCUUUUGUAGUUAAUAGGAUUCCUUAAAACAACUCUAUUAACUCUCCCUCACAAUGAAAGUAUUUUUAUAACCAACCAACAGGGUAUUCCGAAAAUGACAACAAGCCCAGAAAUGAAAAGAGAGCUCAUUUUGCAGCAGGAAGUCAAACUAAAAGUAGCUGUAAGCAUAUUCCAGGUAUGGGAAAACAUUAUUUGCUUUCUUUUGCUUCUGGUCUCUGUUAUGAGCAAAGGGUGGGGCGAGAGGCCCACUUAAAAGUGUUUACCUUUUAAUUUGUAGCCGGGAAAAACCAUACUGCCCACUGAACUGAGCUGAACUGAACAACUUUCUUUAUACGUGUCACAUCUUCUAUGCUGGCUACACGUAGCUAAGUAAACCGGGAAAUCUGUGCUAACUUGGAUGCUUACACAAUGUAAUGUUACGGUAAAUCAUCUAUUCUUGGUUUUAACCCAUGUGACCCGCCGCUUUACAACGGUUGCUAUCCGCCAUGUUGGUGUCCCUCAAACGUAAUCAAAACCAGCUCGAAGAGAUGUAAGAGUGCGGUAGUAGAUAUAAUUGUUUGCAUCGUUGUUGGUUGUUAGAGGAAAAGUGAGGAAAAAGACACAAAAGGAUUUUUUCGUAUUCCAUCAUUUGUCAAGAACCAAGGAGAGGAAUUCGAAGAAACCACUACAGAGAGCAGAAAUCUCUGGAUUUCGGCCGUAAGUCGAGACGAUAACCAUGAGACAUGAUCAUGGCGGAUAAGGGUUUAAUCGUCGCAGACAGAGUUGAUACAAAGUCGUUUCGAUACAAGUUUAUUCAGUUGAGUUGUAAAUAGUUUCACGAACAUGGCGUAAAGAACAAGGAAUAUUCACUCGAAAUGUUUUCCUUGUUCACGUACAUACUAUACUUGUCAUGCUUGUGGUGAGCGAAAUUUGUGUGCAAUUUCUAUGCUUGCGUUCGUAUCAAAACGACCGGUUUCCGCGGAGAGUGUUGGCUUAAAGCAAGCCAAGCUGGUCAUUCCAGCCUUUACAAAAGGGAAGUCACAUUUUCAUCCAGUUGAGAAAAAACCAGAGGGAUAGCAAGUGUUCAAAUCCAUGUGAAGAGGACUAUGGGGUUGCUGUGGCACAGGUAUACCAUUUUAGAGGUAACAGUUCCAACAGAUUUUGUGGCUUCAAACCGAAAUGGAUCCCCUGGUACACAGAUCCUGAUGAUUAAUCGUAUUGUGAGGGCUUGCUCUGCACUUGUCAAUUUAUUCCCAGCAAAUAGUAGUCCUUUUUCAGUUGCUUUCAACUAGAUCUGUUGUAUUAAGUCUCAGAAAAUAUCAGAGGGGUUUUGUUUUUUUUUACACUAGAUAUUAGGUUUAUAUUAUUUUCUUUGGCCUAAAAUUUUGUCUUUAAAUCGCUAUCCCACCUCUAAUUUCCAAUGACGGCCUCAGUGUUGGGAGAAUGGAUACUUUCUGGAUUUUUCAUUUCCAGUUGCAAGCUUUUUAUGUAAGCAAAGUAGGAUUUUCUAGUCUUGUGCUGAAGGGUUUUCGUUGGGAAGCCCUCGCUAUGACUUUGUUGCUCAGUCAACUCCCCAAUUUUAUUUAAAAAAAUGGUUUCUUCCCGAGUCUUGUGAUAUAUAAGGGUGAUUCUAUUUUCCCGGGAAAAUACCAAGGAAGGCAAAAAAAAGUUAAAGUCAUUUAAGAAGUUAGUCGUCGAGAGAACGCAUGUGCCCAGCUACAGCUAAACAACUGUUUCCAUUCCAAAAGAUGGCUUGAAGCUCUUUUAGCCUGUGUACAACCGCCCUCUCCUCGCAAACAAAUUAGACUGCUCGCAUCAUCAAAUCAAAUUGACUGGGACUGGGACUCUGCGACAUGUGUAACGUAUUCUACAGACUACUAUCAAAGUGUUACUUUGGAAAGCUGGUUUACUAACUUAGAACAAACGCCACUGAAUCGUAGCCAACAGUUACCAGCGCCGUACAAAUGACUUAUUGACGAGAUCAAGCAAAACUAACUACGAGAGAAUGACAAUGUGACUAACAAUAGACGACUGUUUAACUGUGACAAUAGACGGAUCGAAACGCACCAAUUACUGAUUACGAGUCUUCAUAGCCAAUGGUUGUCGAAACGUCAGUCACUGUCAACAACAACAGUCCUAUUCAGGACUACGUUCACCCGGAGGAUCAAACUCAACCUACUUUUGAAAUGACUCCUGGGUUCAAACCUUUCACGGCAAAUAGUAUUGCUGGCUUUAAAUUGUGUUCUAUGAUAUUAGAAGUUGGCUAAUGUCUGGAAGAUUUGACAUACUCCUCAUGACAGAGACAAAAAUAGAUGCUACCUUUAGCAAUAGUCAGUUUAAUGUGGAAGGAUUUAGCAUGUAUCGUGUCAAUAGAAAUGCUCAUGGCAGUGGGCUGAUGAUCUUCAUAAGGAAUGACAUCUGCUUGCAUCAUGUCAUUACACGUUUCAAUAAAGACAUGUCAAGUUUUCGCACCGGAUCCAUGUUAUUGAAAGUCAAAACAAAUAAAUCUUGGUUUGCCAUCGUCGGCAUCUACAGACCUCCUAAUAUCCCAAAAGCCAGUGGAAACUUGAACUUAGUGCUAUUUUUGAAGCUGCAACAACGAUUUCAAAUGACAGUAUCUUCUUGGGUUUGACUUCAGCUAUGAUGUGAUGUAAUCAAACAGGCCUUGGACCAUGGAUGGACGGGAUUUGUGUGAUUUAUUGGACAUUUAUAACCUAAAGAACCUAAUCACAUCACCAACUAGAACGACAGAAAAACCAACAACAAUGUCGAUCUCAUUCUUACAAACAAAAGAAGAGAAUACUGUCAUCGGGCGUGGUUGAUGUCUCAAUCAGUGAUCACUCCCUCGUAUACACAAUUUUAAAACUCUCCGCACCCAGAUUUCGAUCUCGAAAAAUUUGCGUGAGAAGAUUUAAAGUUUGACGGCGAUGCUUUCCUACAAGAUUUGCAUAAAGGUUCCUUUCAAUGUAACGGAAUUUUUCCAUGAUGUAAACGAUAAAUUAUUUGCAUUUGAAUCGCUGUAUUUAGAUAUUAUGGGCACGCACCUCUAAAGCAAUUCCAUGUGAGAGGCAAUCAAGUAUCGUUCAUGAAUGAACAAUGGCGCAAAUCCUUUCGGCAUAGAAACAAGCUGCGGACAAAGUUCAAUCAUGAUCGCACUGAUGCUUAUUACGCCCUUAACAAAGAAAAAAGGAAUAAAUGUAAUUUGCUUAGACGAAAGGCAGUCAAGGCGUAUUUUCUCAAUAAAUCGGAAACAGCAAACUUAAAUGAUUUUUGGAAUACUUAUUGUCUGUUUCUUCACCCAAAGAUAACCUAGAGCUUUUGAAUAAACGCAUUUUGAGAUUUAUAUUAAUUUUAAUGAUGUAUAUUCCAGUUAUGACGAGUUGCUAAAGAAGGCUAAGACAACAUCUUUGUACAGUUGAAGAAAUCACAAAAUGCUUAUUGUAAUGUUUAAAAGCUUAUUUGUCUCUGUGUAUCCUAAUUGUCUUAAGAAACUGUUCUCUCUUCGCAGCUCCAAGUAAGUAGUAGAGGGAAUAAUAUACUAUGCUUACCCGAACCAAGGACAACCACCUAUAGACUCGAGUCCAUCAAGUACGAAGCUGCAAAGCUCUGGAACUCACUUACAGACGACAUGAGACUAACAAUAUCAAUCGAAGACUUUAAAAAGUCCUUAAUGACCGAGUGCAUGGUUCUCGCAAAGUGA